AUGGAAUCGUUAGGGUCAGAACGGCCGCCAUGGCAGACCAUUGUGGACAAGAAACGAGAGAUUCGCAACCAGCUGAUCGAACCAUACGCCGGUAGCGAGAUCACGGGUGGUAACAUCGUGAGCAUAAACGAUGUUGAUUCCCUUGCCGAGCGAAUUGCCAAAAGCGAACUAACCGCACGGGAUGUCGCCCUGGCGUAUAUUCAGAAAGCUGUGCAUGCUCAUGAAAAGACGAACUGCCUGACAGAGAUACUUUUCGAUGACGCCCUCCGACGUGCGAAUGAGCUUGACGAGUACCUAUCCAAACAUGGAAAGACUGUUGGACCUCUGCAUGGGGUAGUCAUGACCCUCAAAGAUCAGUUCGACGUACAAUCUUUUGACACUACCAUUGGUUAUGUGGGCAGAGCGUUACGUCCGGCGACACAAAACAGUCUUCUGGUUGAUAUUCUACGCGUUCUGGGCUGUCUUAUUAUCGCCAAAAGUAAUCUUCCUCAAAGUAUUAUGUGGUGUGAGAGUUUCAAUAACUUGUGGGGUCUCACAACACAUCCCCUGGAUCCUAAUCUGACACCGGGUGGUUCGACGGGCGGCGAGGGGGCUUUGCUUGCAGAAUAUGGCUCUCUUGUAGGCUGGGGAACUGAUAUCGGCGGCAGCGUGCGGAUUCCCGCUCAUAUGAAUGGACUGUAUUCACUUAAGCCUAGUAGUGGCAGACUACCUUAUGAAGGUUGCCAAGUCUCUACGGCAGGUCAAGAGCACGUGCCAUCAGUGGUGGGUCCAAUGGCGAGAUCGUUGGCUUCCAUCGAGAAAGUGACGAAGCUGGUCAUCGGUGCUCGGCCUUGGGAACACGAUCCGACUUGUCAUCCUCUGGAGUGGCGUGAAGAUUCCCAUCUUGAGAUCCAAAGUCGGCCGUUGGUCGUUGGUUUGCUUGUUGAUGAUGGAUGUGUGAAGGUCCAUCCUCCUAUUGAAAGAGUACUCUUGGAGGUGGCAGAGAAGCUCCGGCAGGCAGGACAUGUGAUUGUUCCAUGGACAUCAGACGGUCAUCAAGAUGCUAUUGAUAUCAUGGAUAAAUACUACACAGCAGACGGUGGCGAAGACAUCAAACGAGACGUAGCUGCUAGUGGAGAACCUUUCAUCCCACACGUCCAAGCUCUCGUUUCACGCGCACCGGCAAUCUCAGUAUAUGAAUACUGGGCACUCAACCGCCAAAAGCGCGCAGUACAAAAACAGUACCUGGAGAAAUGGAAUCGCGCUGGACCUCCCAAAGUCGAUGUUUUGCUUACACCGGUCAUGCCGCAUCCUGCAGUGCCACAUGGAAGUUGUAAGUGGGUGGGCUAUACCAAAGUUUGGAAUUUGCUGGAUUACACUGCUUUGGUACUUCCUGCUGGGAAAGUUGACAAGUUUGUGGAUGUUGGGAAAGAUGAUCCUGGGUUCUCCUUGUAUGAGCCGAGGAGUGAGGUUGAUGGGUUUAAUUGGUCUCUGUAUGAUCCGGAUGCGAUGCAUGGUUUGCCGAUUGGGAUUCAGGUUGUUGGACGGAGAUUGGAAGAGGAGAAGGUUUUGGGGGCGGGGAAAGUUAUUGAUGAUUUGUUGAGAAGGGCUGGCAGCUAG